AUACCAUAAUAUGUACGUUUUUCGUCUGUUUUAUUGAUUUGAUCAGAAAAUUAAAAUGUGAAAAAAGGAUCGGAUCCUAACCUAAAAAUGACACUAUUAUGCUAUUCGUGCAAGCUCCAAAUGAUUAAUGACUCAAAAGUCAACCAUAAUUAUCGCAAAAACAAGCAUUUAUCCCUCUCUUAUCAUUGCGAUAGGGUUUAUUUACAAUUGCAAUAAUCUAUAAUUACUAUUCGCAAACAAGUUAAUAUUACGUUUGUCAAAUGUGUCUAAAAGCAAUAUUUUACAUGCGACAAGAGCAUAUAUCUCGAGAACGAUUAAUCUCCCAUUUCCAGAUAUAUUUUCUCCCCCGGGUGGUUCACAAACUCCAUUCUCAGUCUUGAUCCUUGAUCUCCAGUGAUCUCCAAGUGUCUUCAAGAAAUUGAAAUUGUGCGUUCAGUUUUCUUGUGGACAGCUUCCCGUCGAGUUGCGCUGCAGUGUCAGUGCAUUGUUUUCAUUCUUGACAUCGUCAACAUCAGGUUGUCACAUGCCUGCGAAUUAUUAUUGUACAUAUUUUCAAUUCGCGCCCUUUUUUCUGUCAAAAAGGUAAAAGUCCAACUACAUGAUUCUCGGCAAACACAAGCACGUCGCCUAAAGGAUUUACUAAACGGUUAUGAAAGGCACUUGGCUUCGAAGAUUUUAUCGCUACGAUGGUGAACAAAUUACCGCAGGAAUUUAGGAGGUACCAAAGAAAUAGGAAUCAGCUUCGUCACAUUCUCAGGGAAACUCAACGAGUCCUUGAAGUCAUCUGCGUAGAAAAUAUUUUUCCUGGAGAAAACAUCAUUGGGGAGUUGCUGCCUGCAUGGACCCUCAACAAAAUAACCCACAUCCUUGAAAACUCGCCGGCAAUUGUGGUUUUUGGCCAAAAUUCUAAAGCGAAAGCCGCUCUAGUAAAUUGCCUUGUCGGUACCGACGUUCUACCUCUAGCUACUGGAUCGUGGCGAUGGAUAAAAUUAGCCCACGGUCAGACGAAUCACGUCAGCUUAACCCUUGGCCUAGAAUAUGAAGUAGUCGAAAAUUUUCAGGCCAACGAGAAACCCUGGAGCACUCUUUCCGUUGAAGACUUGACCGAAUCUGGUUGUCAAGACCCAAGCUGCCCAACUGUCCUUGAAGUGAAACUCGAUCAACCAAACUUAAAAGAUGGGGUGCAAAUCUUUGUUGUCCCCGACGUUGGAGCUGUUAAAAUUCUAGCUAAAGGGACUCUCAGUAUCUUGCCCAUUUUCCUCUACGCCCUUGGAGAAGAGCCUCUCACUGAGCAGAACAUCCAGGAACUUCGGGAGUUAAAGGAGACAUAUCCCUACAAUUCUGUGUUAUUCGUUUCUUCACUUGGUCGCAUCACCCUGGACAGUUUAGACGCUGAAUUGACUGAAUCAGAGCAACACCGACUUCAUGUAGAAUCGAAUGAUUCGUCCGGUCAUCAAAAAGACGAAAGUGGCACUCAUGUUGAUCAAAUAAGUUCUCUAGGUCUCACCUGGCUUGAGCAACUCACGAGUCUUGGCUUCCUGAGGCUUCAGGAAUCAGCUGAAGUUGAUCGAGCGACCUGGUUAGUGGGAGGCGAAUAUGCCAAUACCAGCAGCUUAGUAGCCUCAUGCAAAAAGACAGAACGAAUCCUCUUUUUUAUUCGAGGCAGUCUCCAAAGCUAUCUGGUCAACACCUGCAAUUAUAUAAAUGAAGUCCACACCACGAGUCUUCGUAAAUUCAUUCUGAUUGCCUUUGACAUGGCUCGAGAAAUUCAAAUAACUCCGAGGAGAAUUCUCUAUGCCCAGCAGAAGGAGACUGAACUUUACGCGAGUCUCAUGAAGGUUGUGAGUGAUAAACAGGAGGAAUUGACAGAAAUGAUCCAGGGCAUUAUUCAGGAGAUGAAGGACGAGGUCUCUGAAGCUUCUGUCGAGACUUUCCAGUACCAAAGUGCUCCUUUUAGCGACACUGAAAGGAGGGAAUGGUCCGCGACUGUCAGAGAAGCGACCAUCGAGGUUCAACGAAUCGUCCUGAGUCGCCUCGGAGAAAGAGUGGCCAAAGAACUCGUGAAUUCCAUCAAUUGCCUUCGGGAGACCUUCUUCGGUACACUCGAAAGGUGCCUCCUUAGUCUUGAAAAGAGCUGCGAACAUGACUCCAGUUUGUCGGCGAGCGACGCCCUUCAACAAAUUCUCUCUGCAGCCUACAACGUAGAAUUACACAACUCCUCGCCGUCGCUUAUACAUUCAUUUUUGGAGAGGCUGCGACAACUUUUCAAGACGAUGCCUUUACUCUGGUCGCCAACUCCAACGCUCGAUGCAUUCUGGAGGAGGAAGGUGACAAUUGAUAUUCUGAAUUCGCUCUCUGCUGCGAGACUCGCGAGAUCGAUUUCUACACAGUUCAGAGACAAGGUUAAAUCCUCCCAUGACACUUUUCAAACGGCUCUCAAGUCUCUGGAGAAUCAUUAUUCGGGCAAGUUGGAAAGAACGGAAGAGCAGAGGGUCGCCAUUCGAAAAUACCAUGCACCAAGGUUAGCUAAACUCGCUCUGGAGUCGACUUCGAUGUGCGAUAUGGUGCGAUAUGGGAUCCCGCAUCAGGGAAAGGAAAUUGGCAGAGGACAGUAUGGAGUUGUUUUUGCUUGUGAUGGUUGGGGUGGUGCGCCUGGACCUUGUGCUGUGAAAUCAGUCGUUCCGCCGGAUGAAAAGCACUGGAACGAUUUGGCGAUGGAGUUCUAUUAUACGAGGUCAAUUCCGGAUCACAAGAGAAUAGUCAAAUUGAGAGGAUCGGUGAUAGAUCAUUCCUAUGGUGGUGGGUGUGGAUAUGGAGCUGCUGUCCUGCUGAUCACUGAUCGCAUGACCAGGGACCUCUAUUGUGGAAUCCGAGCUGGACUUUCCUGGUUGGAGAGGAUACAGAUUGCGAUUGAUGUCCUCGAGGGAAUUAGGUUCUUGCAUUCUCAAGGACUGGUGCAUCGGGACAUAAAGUUGAAGAAUGUCCUUCUUGACAUGGACAAUCGAGCCAAGCUCACGGACCUCGGAUUUUGCAUCACAGAGGCUAUGAUGUCUGGAAGUGUGGUUGGGACUCCGGUUCACAUGGCUCCAGAAUUGCUCUCCGGGCAUUAUGAUAGCAGCGUGGAUGUUUAUGCGUUUGGAAUCUUGUUCUGGUAUAUCUGUGCUGGACAUGUCAGAAUUCCUUAUGCUUUUGAGCAGUUUCAUAACAAGGAGCAGUUGUGGAGCAGUGUGAGAAAAGGCAUUCGGCCAGAACGACUGUCUCAUUUUGACGACGAAUGCUGGCGACUGAUGGAACAAUGUUGGGCUGGAGAACCUUCCCGACGACCUUUGCUCGGUGCGAUCCUGCCUGUGUUGAAAUCAAUACAGCAGAAAGCAGAAAGAGGCAAGUCCUUUUCCGAGCUCAACGAAUCGAAGCUAGAAGACAGUUUUCCAUCCGAAUCAAGAGACCCUGCUCUAGCAUUAUCCCAGCCAAACAAUCAGAGGGGUAGGCUAUUUAGUCCGCUUCCUUCGAAACGUAAAUCUCUUCGCCCCAUCAAGUCCUCUGUUUUUCCCAUGACUAACAUAUUCCAUACCAGCGCUUGCUCUAAUUUCUACAUUCAGAUGCGAGAGUUUUGACCAUUUGUUAUUUAUAUUUUCUCGUAGGAACACGCAAGGUGUGUCGUAUUUUUCUCUGCAUUUUUUACCCCCCGUUUGCCAUAACUAUAUAUUUUACAUUCAGUAUUAAUCUAAAGACUGUUUUUGCUUUCCCACGUUUAUCCGGUGAUGUAAAUUACAUAAAUACAUAAUGCUCUACUCAUUAAAUGCGGAGAAUUACUAGACAAAAGUUCAUGACAAUCGAAUCUCAGUUUUAUGGCGUUUGUUCCACUUGCACUUUUUUGUUGAUUAAUUAUCAUUAUUAUGAUUAUUUAUGAAUUUAUUUUAUUUUAAAAACAGACCUUUCUGUCUCUGAAAGUUAGCAAGUGACUUUUACGUUUCAAGAUUUUUCUAAUCGAAUUAGAAGCAAUGGUUGUAUAUAAAUCAACGAUGUCGAACGCGAGAGGCAGAUACAGAAAUUGUAUUUUAAUAUUCCUACUGUUAAAGUGACAAAUAAAUAUUUUUCCAGUUUUAAA